CUGGCUCCAGAUCAGCGCUUACAGAAAGCAUCAUACAGAAGGCAGGAAGUCAAACUUGUCACUAACUGACAAAACUUGCAGACAUUAACAGCAAACGUAGCUACAUUUGGAAAUAUAGAAAUUCGGAUUUCGACAUUUUCUGCCCGCUCUGUGAGCUAGCCUCUAAAGAUGGACAAGCUUCGUCGUGUGUUAAGCGGCCAAGAGGAUAAUGAAGAGCUGGGUCUCACUGCACAGGUCCUUGAUGCCAGCACUCUCAGCUACAGCACCAGGGUGAAAUGGUUCGUCAUAUGCUUUGCUGGAGGCAUCCUGUGUUCAAUACUCGGUUCAGCACUGCUCUUCCUUCCAAAUGGAAUCAAGCUUUUCGCCGUCUUCUACACACUAGGGAACAUUGCAGCUCUUGCCAGCACCUGCUUCUUAAUGGGACCACUAAAACAGCUGAAGCGCAUGUUUGAGCCAACGAGACUGAUAGCCACCAUUGUUAUGCUGCUCUGCCUCGUCUUAACACUUUGUGCAGUGUUUUGGUGGCACAAAAAAGGGCUGGCUAUCAUCUUCUGUAUUCUGCAGUUUUUGGCAAUGACGUGGUAUAGCAUCUCUUACAUUCCAUUUGCCAGGGAUGCUGUGAUGAAGUGCUUCACAACCUGUUUGAGUUAGGACUCUUUAAUCCACAAUUUGUGAAGACUGGUCCUAAUAUGCAAACUGUAAGAACGGUGGCUCUGUAAAAUAUACAUCUCUACUGUUUAUACACUAUAUCUCUGGAUUUUUACUAUGGCUUGUUUCAGACUGUGAAUCCUCGCUUUUUAAGUCUCGCUGAAGGUCUAUAACCAUAAUCAGAUUUCAGUUACCUUUUGCUUUUGAUAUGAGAGAAAUGAGUGCCUUUAAUGCUUAAUAUAUUUGAAGAUAUUCCCAUAUCUUCUGAGGAUUUUAUAUCAUUUAAGUGCAGGGAAAUUAUUUUGACUUUGUUUUGAUUUACAACACAAGUGCCUUUACAUUAUAUAUUGUAUACAUAUAUAUGAAUAUGUUGGAAUUGACCAACCAUUCAUAUUUACAUCUAACACCCAGUGUGAGAUGACUUUUUUUUUUCUUCUGGAUUUUUAAACAGUGUUCCGACUUCUUACACACAAACAUUAUUAAAACACAUUGUCCUUUUGUUUUCUGUCUGUGUGUGAGGCACUGAUGUAUAAAGAGGAUCUCAGAUGCUACUCCAUGUUUAUAUAUGAUUAUUUUCCCUUAGGCAAUUGAGGCACUGCUUCACUGAUGAUGCACAGGGAUAUAUGAUAUCCGCAGCUCUUUUGAGGUUUUUCCAGUUAAAGAGAUUUAAAAAAGCAGCUCCUGUCUAGUCUGUUUGUCUCCAUAUGUAUUUGAACAUACCUGCCCCCCCCUUUUAGCUCAUCAAAUUAGGUUAAAAUUGCUUCUCCCUUUUUAAAUUUGAUUUCCUGCCAGAUGUAGCAAUGACCCUGUUAAUUACGCUUUUCUGAACAUUGUGAUUUUCAUGUGACCUAAUAACCCAGAAUAGCUCACAUCAAGUUCCCUGUAUUGCUUCAACGUGAUGGCGUAGCCUUUGAGGAUGUGGUUGUCAUGACAACCUCCUCCGGAAGAUUCAUAACCUCAGCCUUCCCCCCAUCUGUGGUGCAGAUGUUAACAUAUUCCUGAUGAGGAGGUGGGCUUUUUUUAUUUUGUAGAAUAACUUGCAGUCAGUCAUGGAUCUCUUCCCAGUUUGUUAAAAAAAUACAUAUUUUAAAACAGUUUUAUGAAUCAGUAUCACACAAAGAAAGCCCCACCACAUCUUGUGCAUUAGCUGAAGGAUUUGUUCAAGGUUUAACAACAUGCCUCCAGGUUGUCUUUCGGCUCGAUGCGACUAAAUAACAGCUUUCCACUUCCUGUUUUGCAGCCCCCACAUAGUUUCAUUAGAUGCUUGUAUAACAUGGUGGUGGAUUAGUGUGAACAAAAUCUCCCCUCAGUACUAGUUCAACUAACUUCUCAGAGACCCAGCAAAUCCUUGAGCAAUUAAUCCUAGGGAUAAAAUAAUUCUGUUGAGUGAAGGGAGCGUGGUUGUUUUUGUGAUCGGUUUCCCUUGCCCGCUAUUUUUGGAUUAGGGCGAAGUUUGGGGAUGAAGGGGAAGUACCCUGACCCCAGCAAUCUGUUAGAGUCCAACUGUUUCCUUUUUAUUACAUCUAAUCCAUUGUUAUGUCAGAGAGGAGAGGGAUCCCACACCACAACCACUGAACUGAAACUGUCCCCUUCAUCUUAAUGGCCCUGCUCAAUAAAUAAGUUGGCCUGUGUUGUCACUGGUGAUUUCUAUGCCAUUUUUUUAUUCUAAAAGUGUGGACUGUUUGAUUAAUUAAUUUUUGGUUUUGUUUGAAAAUUGUCAGCUACAAAAAAGAACUUUGGUCUCAUCAUGUAGAACACAUAUUAAAUGUUA